AAACAUUAAUUGCAAAGUUAUAUCCUACUUAAAUUUACACUUGAUAAUGCUAAUUUUUUUGAAUUGUUUUGUAUUGGCCUGCGAAAAACUAAAAAAUACAUCACAGAAGGGGAUCAACUCGUAGCCAUCCCCGGACAAACAUCUGCAUGCUAUAUAUAUAUGUAAAUUUUUUUUUUAAAAAGAGUGCAAGUUUAAAAUCCAUUUGACAAUCUGACGAUUGUAGUUAGUGUGAAAGAUAACGAAACGGAAAUAUGUCUUGUAUUUUUGCAUAGUACUAAAGUGCAAAUAAAGAGAUUUUUUGUUAUGCUUGUUUGAAAACUGCAUGUUGUGUAAACAAAGUCUGGAGGGGCCAAUGAAGUUUCUAUUUGUAAUUUGAAGUGCAUCCUUUAUAAAAAAUGCAUAUUGCAUCAUCUAAUAUGGCUGAUUAUCAUACUCAGAUGGAUAUUGUUGACAAACCAGUUUUUGUACCUCCUAGAAAAAGAGGUUCUAAAUCAUCAUCACGAUCUAGUAAUGAAAGUCUGCAAAUGUUAGGUACAACUAAUAAUUGUUCUCCUCAAGCUUGUCCCAAAUUUGAUCCUCGUGCAAAUAGAAAAUUACAUCAGCCUCAUCCAUCAGAACAUGCAAGAGAAAGGCCUACAAUUAAGGUUCAUAAUGAUUCUCAGGGUCUUAAACUGGCAUCCCCUCGUCUGAAAUCCAUAACAUAUCAAAAACAGUCAUUGAAGGCUUGCAAUAAAAGUGAUGAAUCUGAUUUAAAUAGUGACAUAUCUGACUGUGUUCAUAUCAAUGAUAGUGGAUAUGCUGAAAUGGAAUUAUCAAAUGAGAGAUCUGCUUUAAAUUCUAGAUCAGUAUCUUCAAUUGGCUCUUGUGGUGGUAGUUUUGUUACUAUGACAGGUACAGUUAAACGUGGUCGAAAAAAGGGGCAAACACUAGAUAUGAAAGUACAAAUGUCUCGUGAAGAACUUGAUGAAAUAGAGCACACAAUUUUAUCACAGAAUAUUGAAGAUGAUGAUAGUUGUUUUUGUGGUCUUCGUAAAGGUCUCCAUGUGUUAGCUUUAAGUAUUAUUUUAGUGCCAUUAGUUUUACUGUUGUCUGCUGGAUAUUCCUUUUACAUGGGAACGAUGACAUGGUAUAACAUCUUAAUUUACUUCAGUGAAAAGAAAACAAUAUUUCACAAAAUUUUUAUCAGUCCUUUAUUGAUAAUUACUUACCCAUUUUUAAUUACACUUUUUACUAUUGGCUUGGGCAUUUAUAGUGCUAUUGUUCAAAUUUCUUGGCACUUUGAUAGUUGGAAGCAAGAAAUCCAAGAUCUGGAAAAAGGAUUUUAUGGAUGGCUUUGUGGUGUAAUGGAUCUUGAAGAUUGUGCUCCCUACGAAGUCGUUAUACUAACAGAAGUUUUACCUGCAGAAAACGGCAAGCAAAGCAGGCAGCAAAUGGCUGAUACAGCUUUAUGAAUCAUUUUACUGUAAUUUGUAAACCCCCUUUUUUACUAUUUAUGAAUGUUUUGUUUCGUUAUUUUAAAAUUUUGUAUGUAAUACUUAAUUGUACAAAUGUUAAAAAAUGUUUUUCGAAUUCACACCAAAAAUUUGAAUCAAAUUUGUAAUGUUAUCUUUUAGAAAAAGUGCCAAAGUAUUUUUCCUGUUUUUAUAUUCAUUGUUACCCUUUUUUGGUAAUGUAUUUUUUAAACGAUUAAAAUAAUUUUGAAAAGUGAGUGAAUAUUUAAUUUUUGUAUAAAAUGGUAUGUAUUUUUUAAUAUUUUGUUUGAAAUAGUUUGAGCCGAUUUAUUUUAACUAAACCAACUGUCAUAUAUAUGUAUUUACUUACUGUAGAGUAGGUAGAGAGAGAGAGAAUACACCUGUAAUUUUGUCUAAAAUAGACUUUGUUUAUAAUUUCUGACUCUUUCACCAGUUUCAUAACCACAGCAUUCUUAUUGCUGUGGAUCAUUUUAGUUAAAAUUUUUUAUGCAAUGAAAGAUUUCAGUAUUGUUCAAUUUUGUUAAAAUAAUUGCUUUUGAUGUUUCAUUGACCCAAUAUGAUAAUUUGAAAAAUAGUUGUUAAUUUAAACCUAAAAGCCAUUUAAAAAUUUUUUUUCAAACGAAUAUAAAAUAGGGGGGAUAAGACAUUUAAGUGCGUCCACUGUUUUCCCCAUAUAAAGCUAUACUAUUACCUUUGAGGUGUUAGAUUAAAUAAAUGACAUAGUAGGAUCUAUAGACACAUAAUUUUUUUCAGGAAAAUUUUUAAAUUCUGUUUGUUUAACUGUCAAAAACAUGUCCAACCUUACCAUCUCUCCUUUCAUCAGGAAGAGAUGCCUUUUUUCUGGAAAUUUUGAAUGAUUUAUAAAAUUUAUAUUCUAAUUUUUACUUUAAAACUAUAUUUUUAUAUAUUUCAAAAUGGCCCACUCUGAAACUUAAUUAUACUAAGUUUUGAAAGUGGUAAAUAAUUUUAUGAAAAAUGUCUCAAACCUUUUUUGCUUUCCAUUUUUAAUUAGAUUACAUGUGUUUGAGCUUUUUAGCUUAGUUUUGCAAAGUCUUUGAUAGUGACAUUAAAAAUAAAAUCUAAACCAUUGUUGCUAGAUUUUUGGGGACCAUUGUUGCUAGAUUUUUGGGGACCCCGUGGCAAGCACAAACUGGUGGAAAUCUGAUACUUUUAAUAUGUAAUAAGAGAUGAUUAUGCCCCAGAAAAAAUCCAGAUUUUUCUCUAACCACGAUCCCGAAAUCCAAGAUCCAGAAGUUUCAAGAAAUCAUCGAUCACAUUUAUGUAUAAAAAUUCUUGUAUACUUUAUUUAAAAAUAUUAGAACUGGAAUUUAUGAUUGGCAUGUCUUUUAUUUGUAAAUAUUUUUUCUGGUAGAAUAAUAAAUGUGAUUAGAGAUAAAAGUA